GACUUGAAAGUCACCUUUAAUUAAUUUUUCGAAGAAUGUGUUACAAAGAGUAAAAUGAAAGACAGUGAAAGAUGUCAAGUCAUUUUGGUGCCCAGAUACCCAAAAAACUCAUUGGAGCAGUAAGACUAUCAUUUGUGAGAAAAGGAUGCUAAAAAUUGUUCGAUCCGCAAGUCUUCUGUUCAACCACCGCUCCCUAUUACCUAAUAACUACUCCAAAUUUCGAAAUUUGGCGAUCAUGGCCUCAUCGGAAUUAGUGAAGGGACGUGUGCACCCAAAUGGUGUCGCUGUUAUCACUCUCGAUCGUCCUAAAGCUCUCAAUGCUAUGCACUUAGAUAUGGAUAUCAAAUACAAGAGUUUACUGGAUGAAUGGGAAACAGACCCAAGGGUAAAGUGUGUUUUGGUUGACAGUAGCUCCCCCCGUGCCUUUUCAGCAGGUGGUGAUAUCAAGCAGAUCGCGACCAAAAAACAGCAGUCAGAUAUGAUUGAGGUAUUCACGGCUGAGUAUCCUAUAAUAUGUAAAAUCUUCGAGUACAAAAAGCCUUACAUCAGCUUCAUGGACGGCAUUACAAUGGGCUUUGGAAUUGGUUUAUCUGGUCAUGGUCGUUACAAGCUUAUCACAGAGAGGACUGUUCUAGCGAUGCCAGAAAAUGGAAUUGGUUUGUUUCCGGAUGUUGGUUUUUCGUAUAUAGCGGCACAUAGUCCAGGAGAAGGCACAGUUGGUGCUUAUCUUGGACUGACUGGAAGUAGGAUAUCAACACCUGCUGAUGCUCUUUAUGUUGGUCUGGGAACUCAUUAUGUCCCGUCUGCAAAUUUGGGUACAUUGAAGGAAGCUUUGCUUGCAGCUAAAUUUUUCGAGGAUCCAGAUGAGGAAAUAAAAGAACUGUUAACGAAGUACAGCAGCAAACCUGAUUCAGAACCCCGUUUGAAGUCACUUUUACCCAGAAUAGUUUCUACUUUUGCUGGUAACAAGUCCAUCAGAGAGAUACUAGAGGAGCUAGAAAAUCAUCAGCAAAGCGCUGAUACAUUGGUGGCAGAAUGGGCCAAGGAUGCUCUGCAAGGGCUUAGAAAGGGGGCCCCUUUUUCUCUCUGUCUCACCCAAAAGCUCUUCUCUAAAGUUGCAUCUGCACGUGGCAAAAAUGAGAACGACUUAUCCAGGCUCACUGGUGUCAUGAGAACUGAAUAUCGCAUUGCUAUAAGGCAGACUCUACGGGGCGACUUUGCUGAAGGUGUCCGAGCAGUGUUAGUGGACAAGGAUCAGAACCCAAAAUGGAAACCAUCUUGCUUGGAGGAAGUUAGCGAUAGUGAGGUGGAAGCUCUUUUUGAACCUUUGAGCCCAGAUAUUGGAGAAUUGAAUGUCUGAGUGUACCUGGAUAUAUCUGUAUCUUUCCAGCAGUAAGGAAUAAAAAUGAUUCUCUUUUGGUCAAUUAAAAUACAUGUUUACGUGGUUAAACCCAAAUAAUGCUAUUCAGAUGUUGGCCAUUAUCUGUCAUGUGAUUUAUGAGGAAAUAAAGUGCUGCUGAUAAAAGGGAUAUUAGCUCUUGAAUGA